AUGUCCGCCAUGCCUCGUAAAAUAGCUCUGCUAUUAUUUACUUUGUUCUCCUGGCGAGCCUUUGCUGCUUCGGAUAUCACAUAUUGCUCUACCGUGAACACGGGAGCUUCGAACUCUGCUAAUGUCAGUGUGUAUCAAUCAAAUGGACUUUGUACGGACACAUGUAAUUCCGACUAUGCUUUCGGGAUUCUUCAAGGGAAGAGUUGCUGGUGUUCGAACAUUGCUCCCAACAAAGCGACCAACGUUGAUACGUCGAAGUGUGAUACAGGGUGUCCCGGGUAUCCCGAUGAUAGUUGUGGAAGUGCAUCUAAGGGCGUUUUUGCUUAUAUCCAGAUGAACGAGCAUUCGCCCUCGGGAACAGCCACAGUUUCGUCGAUCUUCCAAAACCACAGAAGCACCUACGACGUCGCAACUCAAUCAGUCGAAACCGUUGCCGGAGAGAUCAAAACGAUUACAGUCCCCAAUUCAAAGCCAACGUCGGAUUCAAGUGCUGGCAUGUCCGAGAAGGAUACUAGCAGCUCGGGUUUAAGUGGAGGCGCAAUUGCUGGCGUGGUAGUCGGCUCGAUCGGCGGCUUGGCUGCUAUUAUAGCCAUCUUCUUCUUGAUCUUCUUCAAGAAACGCCAAGCGCGUUCGACAAGCCCAAGUCCGAGCGUCUCAAAUGUCUUGCUAGAUGGUAGGAACAGCAAAGGUUCUCAGAUGAGCGUCGCGAACCGAGCGUUCUCAGAUACUCAUAGCCAUACAUUAUCUUCUGGAUCCUCAAGAUUACCAACGUUUACCGAUACUCGCUUGAAAACGGAUACUGUACUGUACGCAGGCGGCCGCCGUGACAGUGACGUGUCACUUCAGGACAAUGAAGACUAUUCUCGGCCAGUCCUUCGGCUUACGAACCCCGACUGA